AUGGCCUUUGGUCUUUCCUCAGCUACAUUAUCUUGUACCAACUCUUUACUAUCUCAUAAAAAUACCACCUUUAUUUCCAGCCUCAAAUCCCAUCAGAGGACAUUGCCAUGUUCUCUAUUGGGCACAAAAGUUUUUAUUAGCAAAACAGAGAGACCAGUGGUAAUAAGAACAUGUCAUUCUCAGAUCACUUGCUCAGCUUCUUCUUCGACUCUCCCAGCGGCUCUACUGUUUGACUGUGACGGCGUUCUUGUCGAUACGGAGAAAGAUGGGCACCGCAUUUCCUUCAAUGAUACUUUCAAGGAGAAAGAAUUGGGUGUAACUUGGCAUGUAGAUUUGUAUGGAGAGUUGCUCAAGAUUGGAGGUGGAAAAGAAAGGAUGACUGCCUAUUUUAACAAGACGGGUUGGCCGGAAAAAGCUCCCAAGAGUGAGGAAGAGAGAAAAGCAUUCAUAGCUGGACUUCACAAGCGAAAGACGGAAUUGUUCAUGGCCCUCAUUGAGAAAAAGUUGCUGCCUCUUCGUCCAGGCGUUGCAAAGUUGAUAGAUCAGGCUUUAGCAGAAGGAGUUAAAGUUGCUGUGUGCAGCACUUCAAACGAGAAGGCGGUAUCUGCAAUAGUUUCUUUCUUGCUGGGACCAGAAAGGGCAGAGAAAAUCCAGAUAUUCGCAGGAGAUGUGGUUCCCCGAAAGAAGCCUGAUCCAGCCAUCUAUGAAUUGGCGGCUAAGACGCUGAGUGUUGAUCCUUCAAGUUGUGUUGUGAUAGAAGACAGCGGCAUAGGCCUUGCAGCUGCAAAAGCUGCUGGAAUGAAGUGUAUAGUAACCAAGAGCGGAUACACAGCCGAUGAAGACUUUCAGAAUGCAGAUGCUGUCUUCGACUUCAUCGGAGAUCCCCCAGAGGAGCGGUUCGACUUGGCAUUCUGCAGAAGCCUUCUGAAGCAAUAUCCUGAAUAAACCACAAACUGCCAUUUU